AAUGUCAUGAUUGUCAAAUCAUGUUGAGAAACUGGUGGCAGGGGAAAUGUUUUGCAAUGCGUUUUCCCAGCGUGUUUGUUUAAAAAUAACAAAACUUUUUGUAUUUAAGUAGAUAAUUAUACGUAGUGAUCUAUUUUAACAAAAUAUAUAAAAUAAAUUAGUGUCGUUUUAUAUUAAUAGUGCUUUUCGGUUCGGGUAAAAACAAUUGGAGAUGACGUCUGUCAUAUCAUAUGAAAAUGAAUGUAAUUUAUGACAUGUGUAUUACUUCAAACAUUAAUAUGUAAUUUAAUAAAUCCUUUAACGAUAUUGUGAUAACAAUACAACAGUGCAAGUCAUGGGUGCUAAACCAAGCACGGCUAACGGCACUCAAAGCCCUCGAACGAGGGCAUUUUCAACAAGUAGCAGUUCCGAAGUUGUCACUGCACCCGGUUUUAGAUUAAUGCGAGCUCUAGGGAAUGAAUUGUCUAACGAUAGACAACGAGCUCGAUCGCUUUCUAGUGUUCCCGAUUUACACGCCAGCCAUGAAACUCUUUCAAUGCCUACAAAUGGGGCUAGCUUCGAUGUUUCGACAGGAGCUAGCCCCGAGACUGAUAGUAGUUCAGCCGAAGAGGCUGGUAGUGUUUUAGGAUCCGCUGCUGCUAACAUAGCUUUAGGAAGAGUGUAUGCUGCUCAUUCUUUACCUUCACAUAUAUGGUCUUUGAAUGGAAUAAAAUGUCCAGUAUGCAGUAAAUUUGUAAUUCCUGAUGAUAUAGAAUGUCAUUUGGUGAUGUGCCUAACUAAACCUCGGCUAUCGUACAACGAAGACGUACUGACUGAUGAUAAAGGAGAAUGUGUCAUAUGUUUAGAAGAAUUAAAUCAAGGUGAUAUAAUAGCUCGCCUUCCUUGCCUUUGUAUAUAUCAUAAGACGUGUAUAGAUCAGUGGUUUGAAGUAAACAGAUCUUGUCCGGAACAUCCAGGCGAUUAGCAUAUUUCUUAAAACAAAAAAAAUCGAUUUAAAAAUGUUGUAAAUAUGUAAAUAUUCUAUUGAAUUGAUUUGAACAAAGAGAAAUAAUGAUUUUUAUUACAAAAUUGACCUAAACGGAAAAAGAAAUGUUACCAAAUAUUGUCGAAGCGAUUUAUUGGACGAGUCAAGAUCGUCUACGAGGGAAGCGGUGAAUGUUCGAGUCGAGCCAUAUAGUGAAAUAUUCAAAAUCAACGAAUCGAUUUUUUAUAUCGGGUAUGUAUUUAACGCUGUGCAAUUUGGGAGCAUAAUUUAAUAAGAAAAAUGAAACCAUUUUAAAAAAUUAUAUUUGUAAGUUCGUAAUAUGGUUUUAUUGUUUCUAAAUUAUUUUUUAAAAAUAGGAAAAACUUAUCGAAGCGAAUAUUGUAAAUUGGUCAAGUGGUAUAUUGAAUUUGUAGAUUAAAAUCGAAUAUUUACACCUCGAUAUUCAUUAAAUUGUUCUAGGACAUGUUGAUCUAUAUGUUUUCCAUUAUAGACCAUACUUUGGGGCACUAGAAUGCCCCCAGUAUCGAUAAAUGUCUCAUUUAUAGCUCUGGUAUCAUAAAAUUUACAAAAUUGAGAAUUUAACAUGUACAUUGAUGUUUUUUCACUUCACUAGAGGCCCACAAACCAAUUAUUUAUACGGAACUUGUUAAUUCACAUGUUUCGACAUACUUUGUGGCACUAGAAUGCCCCCAGUAUCGAUAAAUGUCUCAUUUAUAGCUCUGGUUUCAUAAAAUUUACAAAAUUAAGAAUUGAAUAUGUACAUUGAUGCUUUUUCACAACUCUAGAACCCCAAAAACCAGAAAUUGAUAUAAGGCAUAUCAAUUUACGUGCUUGGACAUACUUUAAGACACAUUUAUAAUACCAGUGCUCUAUAUGUUAUAUAAAAAUUGAUUUGGAGAAAGUUAAUUUUUGGUUUUGAACUUAUUUCUGUCUCUUUGUCAGGCCCAGAGUCUUUGAAAGUGUCACGAGACUUAUUUUUCAUAUUUGUCAAUACUUUGGAGAUGUAAUGUACCCCCAAUUAUUGCAAAUGUCUUAUGUAUAUUACAGACAGGUAUCUACUGUAGCACCGGAGUCCCAAAAAUAAAAAAAAUCUAUACGGGGCAUAUUAAUUUACAUAAUUUUUCUUGAUUGGAUGUACUGUGAAGAGCCAGAAUGAUUCUAAUGUAGAAAAAUGUCUCAUAUUAAUGCCAGGAAUGACAAUUCAUGUAUUUCCAUGUUUGACUAUUCUUUAAAUGGUCUCAAAGUCGGAAAUAUAUACAGGGUUCAUGAAUUUACAUGUUUUUUAUAAUUGGAGGUACUUUGGAGAACUAGAGAUGAUUCAGUAUAGAAAAAUGUCUCAAAUAUAGCAAUUGACUUGAAAUCUAUGAAAAUAAAUACGAGGAAUGUCAAUUAACGUAUUUUCAUGAUUGACUAUCCUUAAAAAGGUCUCUUAUGGUUAUUAUAUAUCAAAAAUUUAAAAAUAAUGAUGUGGGGAAUAGUAAUUUAUAUUUUUUCACUUUUAUCUAUCCUCAUAAUGGUCCCAAUUUCAAAAAUGGUCCCAUAUACAGCUCCAGGCACAAAUAGAACAUCAUGAAAACAUACAAAAAAUAAUCGAAUCAUUUUUUUUUGAAAAUUUGUUCGACAUUAAACAAAUUUAAUAUUAUUGAAGUUCUUAGCGGUUUUGAAAACUUCUAAGCCAUAGUUAGUCCACGAUGUCAGUUACUAUGACUUCAUUUUGCUUUUAUACUAAAAAUAAAUUCAAUAUACUCCCUUAAAUCGAUCAAUAUACAAUAUUUCCACCAAAUUAUCCCAAUAUUUCUUUCCAAAAAUAUAUUUUUGAUACUAUCGUAUGGCUGCUGUUUAUUAUAUUUUAUUUUGGUUCAACUAUUUUGUAAAUUCAUUACGGAUGGCAUGUUUGUAAUUUUAGGCGAAUAAAUAGUUUUUAAUUCACUGAUAGGGGAGGUUUAGGUUUAGUCAUCACGUUUUACAGACUGACAUUGUGAUUGGAUAAAAAAAACUGAAAUAAAAGCGAUUUGUCGAAGAUAUUUUUUGGAAAUUUCUAUACUAAUUACAGGUCAUUAUUAUUAUUAUUGUUUUCUUGCAAAAAUAUGAAUUUUUUCUAAUUAUUUUCCACCUUAAAUUUCAAUAUUGGAAAUUUGGUGUCGAAAGAUAACUUUGGCAAACGUUUUCUGGUCGAUUAAGGCCCUUUUGUAACUUUGUAUCGAUAGCAACUAGCUUUUAAGCAAAACAUUAUGUACAGACGAUUUUUUUAUGUACUUUGAACUAUACAAUCGAAAUUCGGUUUAUUUACUUUAAUGAAAUGUGUACUUUAGGGCAAUAAUCAUUAAUGGUUGACUAGAUUUCUAAUUUUAUUUAUUAAUUUUACCAAAGUUUGUCAAAAUGGUGUUUCAAAGGAAAUUAUGACUAUGUUAAAGUAUUACCAAAACCCCAUUUGUCCUACCAAUAUUUUUGCUCUGUAUACAAUCAAAAAUCAAAAUAAUUUGGUGAAGUUUUUUUUAAUAAUUAAUUGGGUCUUAAAUGAAUAAAUUUAAAGCUCCAUCUUUACCUAUACAUACAAUAAUUUGACCAAGCAGAUGCUGAGUAUCCCCAUGGAGUAUCUCAAAUUAAACCGAUGAAGGCAUAGGUGAUGUAAAUAAUCUUAGAUUUAUCUGGGAUUCAUCGCUGAAGUUAGAGUCAUCCGCUUCCAAAAGAUUCCUUCUGAAAGAGGCCUAUUGUUGAGUUUUUCGCCAGUUAGACUCCAAUCUAAUAAUUUAUCCAUCCGUUUAGUUGAAUAUGUGAUAUCUUCAUGAGACUACAGUAGGGCUCAAAUCCGAUAAGACUUAAUACUCCCUAAUUGCAUCAUUUCCUGCUAAACCCUGAUGAUCUGGUAACAAUAUUGUUUCCGUUAAACAGUGCUGUUAAGGUUAGUGGUAUAGUAUAGUCCAACAAUGCCCAAUCCAGUUUCUUUUGCUAAUUUGGAAUCACCUCGAUUGUAACAUCAACUGCUCUUGUAGCAAAAAACAAUUUCUCGAAAGUAAUACCUUUGGGUGAUGAUCUUGACACUUUUUCACUCUCACGUUCAACUUAAUUUAUGCUAAUUCAUGUUCGAAACCAUUUGACUUUAAUAAAGAGUAGAUUCGUCUAGUACAGUGCUUCAGGUGAACCCCCAGGGGUCCGAAGGAAAAUUGUUUACUUAAAUUUAGAUCGCUAAAACUGAUUUUUUUGUGACAAUGUGAUAGGAAUAUAUUAGUAGGGGGUUUACUGGAACUUAUAACUUUUGAAAUUGGUCUACGAAGUAAAAUCUUUUGAUCUAGUAUUUAGAACCCUAUUUGUUAGGUCCUUUUAUGUUUUUUUUGCAAAAUUGUUUUGAUUUUAGGUUUUUUCGAAAUUAAAACGUAAAAAUAUUGACGUUUCGAUCUAUUAAAAUAUCAAUUGUGCUCAAAUUUGUGUAUUUUAUCUUUUUGAAGCAAAUCUAGUCUCCCAUUUUUCGAAAAAUGCAACUAAAGAGCUGUUGAACUAAUUUUUUUUUCAAAAAUUAGCAUUUAAAUCUUAUUUUUUUUAUUUACCCUUUUGUGCGAAUUAACGUGAAUGACCAAAAAAAAAUCAUUUUAUUUACCUUCAAUUUCGAUUUUCAUCACUUUCCUAUGUAUACAACUUUUGCGAUACCCCCCGUAACAUGAAAACCAACUAUUAAAUUUUGUUUUAUAUGAAUUUUUUUAAUGUACUUACAUAUUCAGCGUCAUUUUGUCGAAAAAUUGAUGUGGCCAAAUGAUUUUUCACUUCUAAAAACGUCAUUAUCUGUCAAAGAAAACAUAACCUAAAUUCGAAACCUCAUCUUUAACAGAUGACAUAACCUAAAUUUGUAACAUCAUAUUUCACUAAGAACCUAACCUAAAUUUGUAACCUCAUUAAUCAUAGUUUACAAAAAACAUAAUAUAAAUUUGUAACUUCAUUCACCAUAUUCCAUAAAGAACAUAACGCAAAUUCGUAACCCCUUUCAUUAUCUUCCUCAAAAAACAUAACCUAACUUUGUUUUUAAAAUUUUCACAAUAAAUCGCACAAAAAAAGUAAAUAUUUUUUGAUUUUAAUGUUUUUUUUUAAUCUAUGGAGAUAGGCAGCUAAGACAAUUCAAUAAACAUCAUAUUUGUUAAAUGAUCGGGUGAUUGCAAUUUCAUACAAAUAUAUUUAUAUUUCACAGAUUUUAAUUAUUAUUGUGACUAUUUUUCACAACUUGUUGUAAAAAUCAUUUUUACUACAAAUUACCGGUUACUAGAAACACAGUGACAUAACCUCAAUUAAAUUUCAACACACGGAACAACAUGGCUGGAUCGUGUUAAUUUUUUUACCGAUUGCGUUCUAUCCAUAGAUAAAGUGUUAAUAUUUCUAUGGUUCUGUCCUAAAAAUAUCUACUUUUUCUAUGUAAACAUUACAGCCACAUAUUUUUUUAUUAAUUUCGGAAACAACCAAAGACUUUUUUUUAAUAAAGUGAUUAUACGUUUUUAAGGUGCUAUGUGAACUAUUGUAAUUGUUACCUAUAUUUUUAGUACGAGAUUAUUGACAUUUGAACUAUUUAGAAAUUCGUUUUUAUGUUGAAUUUUGUAUUUGUUGCUUCGAAAAAUAAAAAAUAACUUCUUCUAAAGAAGUGCCAUAUUUUCAUCAUUAAAUAAAAAUGAAUAUCUAGGAUAUAGCCUUGUAGUAACAAUAAAAUUGUAAUAUUUUC